AUGUCGUGGUAUUUAUCAGGGAUGACAGUCGAUCUUCCACGGCAACAACCGCUGCUGAUUUGUCUGAAACAAAGCAGUUUAGAGGAGGAUAUAUUUCGUUUCCUUACUACACUCAGACCAGACAACAACAACAAAGCAUUUUUUGUUCUUGAGGAAGAUACGCCUAAAGAAGUCCGGAAGAGAGUUGAUCAGGAUAAAGGAAAGGUCAACAUCAUACACAGAGCGAAGGGAGCAAACCACGGGUUCUAUAACUUGUGCUACAGUAUUUUGUUGGAGCAAGUCUCAGAAUACACUGCUGUACUCUCCAAAAAACCGAAUACAAGGCGAAAUUCGCAUUGUCUGAAACUGCUUAAAAACUACAGGGGCUACAUUAAGGAUAGAACCACGGCAAAAACAUCUCAGCUUAGAGAUGAAGUUGUGGAGAAAAUUGAUAAGGCUGUGAAAGAGGCAACCCCAGAUUAUAACAUAAUUGGUUAUGCUUUAUACGACAAAUUGCUGAAAAUAUUUGCAGGAAGCGAUAUCGAAUCUAAGGUAUCGGAGUUGGUUAUGAAAGUUCGAAGUUUGAUAAAUAAAACCUUCAAGGGUCGGGUCAUUGCGCAGCUUUUGAAAAAACCGUACAUUGUUCCAUUUACAGCAUUACAGGGUGGAUGCAAAAUGAGGGCAGUACAAGUAAGGAGAACUGGAACUCUUGGCAUGUUUGCUAAAUGUUUAAUUGCAGACCAAAGACAGUCUGUCGGCAUUUCUUCCGGACAUGUAGCUCUAAAGGGCAAUGACAUACAGCUAGAAAUUUCUAAGGAAAACGUGUUGGUCGGCAAAUGCAUUUGGCCGGAGACAUCGGCACGUGAUGCAAAUUUUAAAGACAUUUCUGUAAUUUUGCUAAAUACAGAUAUUGCCGAUACAAUCCAGUAUAGAAUGCCACAGUUUGAUGUGAAGCUGCGUACUGAUGAUCUUAUCGUUUUGCACCUUCGAAAAGUUUUCAAAUUCGGUGCAAAAACAAACAGAACUUUAGGUUAUUUAAAAAGUAAGAACUUGCUGAGGCUCCGUGAGACUGAAGCGAUGUGUAUCAAGCCAGAGGAGGGAGAAAGACAGUUUUCCGAAGAAGGUGAUAGUGGAUCAGUCGUGUUUACACAAAAAGGACGUGAUUUAAUUGCAAUAGGAAUAGUUUUUGGAGGCAAUCUGAAAUUAAUACAAACACAAGAUACAGAAGAAGAAAAUUCCUCGGAUUUUAAAGAAGGGGACUGUAUUGCAAUUGAUUUGAAGGACGCAAUCCGAUAUUUUGAAUCUUCCGGUGAAGGCACGAUAUUUCUUGAAAAAUUCUGA